UUCCUGGUAGCAGAUUCACAGAGCCUGGAAGAAGGCCGGCAUGGGCCAUGGCAGGCACAUGGCUCAGUCGCUUGGACUCCUGGAGCCCUGAAGAAGUCUUCGCAUGGCUCCUGGCACCGGUGACGCCGGGCGAGUUCCUCCGACGUCAUUGGGAGAAGGAGCCACUGCAUCUUCCUGGGAAUGCUGAUCGCUUUCAUGGUCUUCUGUCGCAACGAGCGAUUGAAGCGCAGUUGCAGACUUCCACUGGUUUGACCUUCGGCAAAGACAUCAACCUUGCCAGAUGUGGACCAGAUGGGAAGCAAAUCAUGUGCAACGGCAGUGGCCGUGCCAAAGUGGACGUCGUUCAGCAAGAGGUAAGGAAAGGCUGCUCGGUGCAGGUCGUCCAUCCCCAGCGCUUCUGUCUGGAAGUCUCGUGCUUGCUCUCGAAAUUGGAGGCGCACUUCGGAUGCCUUUGGGGUGCCAACAGCUUCCGAACACCGCCGGGGGGUCGUGGCUUCAAAGCCCACCACGAUGAGGUUGAGGUUUUCAUGCUGCAGCUGGAGGGAGCCAAACGGUGGCGUUUGCACCGAUGUCCCACGGGACCAUUACCUCGGAGCUAUUGCUGGGACUAUGAUGAAAAGGACCUAGGGGAACCGCUGAUGGAGUUGGUCUUGAAGGCUGGGGACUUGCUGUAUUUGCCGCGUGGUACCAUCCACAAGGGCGAGGCAGUGGAAGGCGAGGCUUCACAUCACCUCACCAUUUCCACCUAUCAGAAGUUCAGCUGGUCGGAGUUUCUGCAGAAGGCCUUGCCGGAGGCUCUGGAGCGCGCCGCCCUGGAGGACGUGCGUUUUCGAGAAGGUUUGCCGCUCCGGGCUUUGUCGGCUCUGGGAGAGCAGUUCCUUGGUGGCAGAUGUGUCAAUACCAUGUGGAUCCAAGAUGACAUUUUUCGAUUUCUCUGCCUCCCUCUCACACACAUAUGA